AUGCAAUUAUUAAAGAACUUUGAUCAAUUUGGAGUUGUAUAUCAAUAAGAAAUUGUAAAAAAUGAGAAAGAAUUUAAAAGUAGUGUAGGAGGGAUGACUUCUUUGCUUUUAUAUGCAUUAAGUUUUACUUAUUUCAUUUAUAAAAUUUUUCUAUGGCUUAAUGGAGAUAUUUUGCCAAGAGUUUCUACUUAAAAAUCCUCUUAAAGUUAUGCUGAAGUAGAAUUUGAUUAUGAUCCAAUAAUGUUUUCUAUAGUUGGAAUGAGUGGAAAUGAAUAUAUUGAUCCUUUUUCAAAAACUGAGAAUAUUAUCACUCCAUAUUUUUCUUAUAUUGAUGAUAUUGUAAUUUCAUAGAAAAAAUCAUUUUUAAGUUCAUCAACACCUCCUUAAAGAAAUGGCAUUUCAUCAACAGUUAUACCUUAAAAUAUAACGUUAAUUCUUAAUCAAUAAGGAAUUAGUGAUUCAACACCCAACCAUUAGAAAUAAUUAAUGAUAUUAUUUGAAAGAUGCAAUAGCACAGAAUAUAGCAAUUGUGCCAGUAAAGAAAAGUAAGAGUCCUUUUUUAAACAACCUUUAAAUACAUUUUUCUUAACUAUCUAAAUGAUGUAAUUUAAUACAAAAAAAAAGGAAUUUGAAAUGAUUACAAAACAAAUUUAUUUUAUAUUAGAUGAAAUAACAGUGUUAUACACUUAAUUAUUAUUUUAAAUUACCUCAUCAUCAACUGAUACAGGUUUCUUUUUAGAAUCAAUUAAAAAUUCUAAAUUUAUUAGUAACUUUUAGACUACCUCAUAAUAAUUACCUUAAAGUAAUUUUGAAAAAGUCUUUGGUAAUGAAUAUCUAGCGGCUUUUCUUAUAACUAUUGAUAGUUUAUCUGAAACUUAAUAAAUAAUAUAUCCUAAAUUAGGAGAAAUCUUAGCUGAUGUUGGUUCAAUUAUGUCAACUUUGAUGAUUUUGAAAAUAUUAGUAUUUAAAAUAAAUUCUAAGAUGUUAGAAGAUAAUCUUAUAUAAACCAUUAUCAGCUAUUACUAUCCAGAAUUAAAAAAAAUUAAGAUUCAAAAAAAUAUUCUAGGGUAAAUCAAUUAAAUAGAGAAGAAUGGAAAAAUUAUUGAAGACAAAACUUAAUUUAUAUAAUUUUAUGAUCAAUUAAAAGAUUUAACUAAAGAGAAAUUAACCCUUACAAAUAUAAUUUAUGAGAUUUCUCGAUUAUAAUUUAUCGUUCAAUCUAUGUAAUCUAAACAAGAGAUACGGCAAAGCCAUUAAGUAGGAAUUAAAUUAAAAUGUAUAAUUAUUUACAUAUAUUAUUUAUUAUAGUUUUUGAUGAAUGGAUUAUUCCAUAAAAAGUAGCUAGAAAAUCAGUAGAAAAAAGUUAAGAUGAAAAAAAUGAAAUUUGUCCUCUUUAACCAAAAAAACAGUAAGAAACAUUGGAGCCUUUGAAACAGGUAGAAAUAUUAUAAGAUGAUGACUAUGCACUAUUGUCGAAGAUAAAUCAUCUCAAAAAUUCACCUUAUGAGAUAAAAUAAUAAUUAAUGACAUUUUAUGAGUUAAAUAAAGCUCUACAUUGA